AUGAAAGGAGAAGAAGAAGAAGAAAAAAUUUUCUUUGUCGUUAAAUAUCGGGAUGAGAAUUACAUGUCAACGUCACCGAGACACUACAGAUCACCCAGUCGUUACUACGAUCAACGAUUUUCGCCAAGAUGUAGCGAUUAUACAAAGGAUUUGCGGGAAAGGGAUUACAGAGGAAGUUACGACAGAGAAACGGAUGGAAAUAUUCGAGAUAGAAAUAUAAGGAGGUCUCAUUCAAAUUCUCUCAUCAGAAAUCCUUACGAUAUCGACAGAGAGAGAGAUAGACAACGAGAUAGAGAGAGGGAUAGAGAUAGGGAUAGAGAGAGGGAUAGGGAAAGGGAUAGGGAUAGAGAAAGGGAAAGAGAUAACGAAUACAGACAUAGAAGUAGGAGUAGGAGGUCGAGGUCACGAAGAUACUCUUUGACGAGAAGAGGAGGUUCUUUGGAUAGAAACGAAAAGAAUAAGGAAAAAACUCCCGAGAGGAGAAAAGACUGGGAUAGGGAAAAAAGGCACAGAAGCAGAAGUUUCGACGGUGAGAAAGAUAAACAAAAAUACGGUAAAGAUAGGGGUAGGAGCAAAGACUACGAUAGAGAUGAAAAAAGACACGAGAGAAGUCGGAGUAAGAGUAAGGAAAAAGUCAGACAAGAAAAAGAGAGGAGGAGUCAAAGUAAAGAUGGGAAAAAAAUUAGUCCGGUUAAUGAGAAGUCAAAGGUCAACGAAGUGGAUGUGAGGAAAAGGUCGACGAGCAGUCGUAGGAGUUUGAGCAAGGGAAAAGAAGAAAAUCGUAACGAAUCCGGAGAGAGUAAAGAUUCGAGAGAGAAAAGUAAAAAAAAUUCGGAAAGUUUCGACAAAGAUAAAUUUAACAUAAAAUCCAAAGAUGAAGCGUUAGAAAAUCAAAACGAUGAAAAGGUCAAAGGUUCGACACCUUCGCACAGCCCAAAGGUAGGGGAUAAGGAAGAAGAAGAUAAAAAAGAUAAGAAGAAGGAAAAGGAAAAGAAAAAGAAGAAAAAAGAAAAAGAAACGGAAGAAGAGAGAGCGGCUAGAAAAAAGAAAAAGAAAGAAAAAAAAGAGGAGAAAAAAAGAAAGCAGGAAUUGAAAUUGACUUCGGAUUCGAAGGAUAAAGACCAGGAAGAGGAAAAAAAAAUUCUGGAUAAAAACGUGAAAGAAAAAAAACCUGUGGAAACUCCGGUUAAUGCGAGCGUUCCCGAUAAUUUCGUAUCGAGUUUUAAAGCUCUGCCACCCGAAGAACUCGAAGUCAAAUCUAAUCCCACGACGAGAAAUUUUAUUUUUAAUAGAAACGAUCACACCGACGUUGGUAAAAACGUGAGCGCGACUAAUGAAGGACACUCAACAAAAUCCAACGAAUCAUCCAAUCAGAAAGAAGCGAGCACGGCAUCAACAACAACAACAACAGCAGCAGCAACGACAACGACAACAACAACAAUAACAACAGCACCAACAACCACGUCGGAAAAUUACGAUAACAUUAAUAAAAAAAUUAGUAGUAACGUUCCGGAGGGUUUAGAAGAAGAUGUCAACGUCGAAAUGCAAUUACACGAGUACGGUGGCCUUCUAGAAGAAUCCGGUGAUAAUAAUAAAAAGGGAAUACUUGCUUCCGUACCUGAAAUAUCCAAAUGGGAAUUGGAUGAUAAUCAGGGUGGAGACAAUCAGUCUAAAUCGAGCACGCAAGAAACGAAAUCCCCGGAAUUUCCGGCCAAAGUAACACGGGAAGUCAUAAAAAGAGCGGAAAAUGCAAUUUUUAAAAAAGCCGUUAACGCCAUUCGAGAACCUUCGAAAAAAAAUUUCGAUAAAGACGAAAAGAAAGAUAGAAAAAUAAUCGUGGGAGCGGAAAAGGAAAGAGGGAAAAAUGAACAGGAAACGGAUUUGAAAUCUAAAAGGAUAUUUUUAUCGAGGGAAAAAGAUAAAUAUCACAGGAGUGCCUUGCCGAAAACAAAAUCGGAAGUGAAAAAAACCAUAAAUUCAUUACAAAUAACGAUUCCGUUGACACACGACGGUGAAACAGCGGAAAGAGAAUUCGUAGUCGAAGGAGACGAUGGGAAAAACGUUACUACUACUACCACCACCACUACUUCUACUACUCAACGUAGGGAAAAUUCGUCGAGAUCACCGCCGAUGAUGAGCAGAGUACCAGCCAAAGAACGUUUAGGAUCGAAAAUCGAAAAACAGGUUCGACACCCGAGUCCGCACACCGUCGUCAGGACCGGGGACAAACGAAAUCGUCACGCGGAAGAAGAAGAUUCGAGAUCCGUUGUUAAUUUGUCAUCGACGAUAGAAUCGAUGGACGCGAAACGUUCAUCCAUCGACGAAGCACAUUUCGUACCUAAUUACGACGAAUCUUCGGACGAGGUAAAAGAUUUGGAUACGUCCGAUGAUGACCAAUUAAUUUUCAUAUAA